AAGCCCGCGCUGAUGAGCCGCCGCCGCCGCCGCCGCAGCUCCGAGUGCAAGGGCUUCUGGGAACCGAGCCUCGGGGUCUCGGGGAAGGGGCGCAGGUGGCCGCCAUCUUGGAUUGUGUUCGGUCGCUCCGCUUCACGCCAGGGGCGGAGUGGCGGCCCUUCUGUUACCCGGCACACACGUUGUCGCUGGGGACUCGAAAAUCAGGGCAUCGGAGAGUGCCACAUUAAUGGAUGCCAUGGCUAGUCCAGGGAAAGAUAACUAUAGAAUGAAAAGUUAUAAAAAUAAAGCCCUAAAUCCUCAAGAGAUGCGUAGACGAAGAGAAGAAGAAGGAAUACAGCUUAGAAAACAAAAAAGGGAAGAACAGUUGUUCAAACGCAGAAAUGUCUCUUUGCCCAGAAAUGAUGAAUCUAUGCUUGAAAGUCCUAUACAGGAUCCAGAUAUUAGUUCCACUGUACCCAUUCCAGAGGAAGAAGUUGUUACCACAGAUAUGGUUCAGAUGAUUUUUUCUAAUAAUGCUGAUCAACAGCUAACAGCAACACAGAAAUUUAGAAAGCUGCUUUCUAAAGAACCUAAUCCACCAAUAGAUCAAGUUAUACAGAAACCAGGAGUUGUACAGAGGUUUGUGAAAUUUCUUGAAAGAAAUGAAAAUUGCACUUUACAAUUUGAAGCUGCAUGGGCAUUGACUAAUAUAGCAUCUGGAACUUUUCUGCAUACCAAGGUAGUGAUUGAAACUGGGGCUGUUCCGAUUUUUAUCAAACUUCUUAAUUCUGAACAUGAAGAUGUUCAAGAACAGGCUGUUUGGGCACUUGGCAAUAUUGCUGGUGAUAAUGCAGAAUGCAGAGAUUUUGUUUUGAAUUGUGAAAUACUUCCACCUCUUUUAGAGUUAUUAACAAAUUCAAACAGACUUACAACAACAAGAAAUGCUGUAUGGGCCCUCUCAAAUUUAUGUAGAGGUAAAAACCCUCCUCCAAACUUUAGUAAGGUUUCACCUUGCUUAAAUGUCCUGUCACGAUUGUUGUUUAGCAGUGACCCAGAUGUGUUAGCAGAUGUGUGUUGGGCCCUUUCUUAUCUCUCUGAUGGACCCAAUGAUAAAAUUCAAGCAGUGAUUGAUUCUGGAGUCUGUCGAAGAUUGGUGGAACUUUUGAUGCACAAUGAUUAUAAAGUUGUAUCACCUGCAUUAAGGGCAGUUGGUAAUAUUGUGACUGGUGAUGAUAUUCAAACACAGGUAAUUUUGAAUUGUUCUGCAUUACCCUGUCUCUUACAUUUAUUGAGUAGCCCAAAGGAGUCAAUUAGAAAAGAAGCCUGCUGGACUGUUUCUAACAUCACUGCUGGAAAUAGAGCUCAGAUUCAGGCUGUUAUAGAUGCAAAUAUUUUUCCGGUUUUGAUUGAGAUUCUUCAGAAAGCAGAGUUUCGUACCAGAAAAGAAGCAGCUUGGGCUAUAACUAAUGCAACGUCAGGAGGUACUCCAGAGCAAAUAAGGUAUUUGGUAGCCUUAGGCUGCAUUAAACCACUUUGUGAUCUUUUGACUGUUAUGGACUCCAAAAUAGUCCAAGUGGCUUUAAAUGGACUUGAAAAUAUUUUACGUCUUGGAGAACAAGAAUCUAAGCAGAACGGAAUAGGCAUUAAUCCAUACUGUGCUCUCAUUGAAGAAGCAUAUGGUCUGGAUAAAAUUGAGUUUUUGCAAAGCCACGAAAAUCAGGAAAUUUACCAGAAGGCAUUUGAUCUGAUUGAACAUUACUUUGGUGUAGAAGAAGAUGACCCCAGCAUUGUACCUCAGGUGGAUGAAAACCAACAACAGUUUAUAUUUCAGCAGCAGGAAGCUCCAAUGGAUGGAUUUCAACUUUAACUUGGUGGAGGAAAAAAAAAUUUAUGGCUAAAAAGGGUAGCUUCAGGUAACUCCUCUUUGUUGCCAGUGUCAGUAAGAACUUUUGCUUUUUUACAUAGAACAGAAAAGAGAAUUUGACGCACUUUUAGAAAGCAAAAUGAAGCAAAAAUUUCCAUUCAGAUGCAACCUUUCAUUGUAGUUUGAUGUUGUAUUAGUUUGGUUGUUGUUGUACCUGUAUUUAUAUCUCCAUUGUUUGGAUUUUUGUAUCUAUUUGUGAAUAAUUGAAUAUGCAACUAUUUAGUAAUUUAAGCUUGAAAAGGAGAACUUAGGUAAAGUAUUACUUAGUAAUUCUGAAUUUUUUCAAGCAUUCUUGGAAACUGCACAUUAGCAGUACACCUAUUGAUAAUUGCAUUUUGGCAGUAAGUCUUACACACCCAAUCUCUACUAAAUCUACCUCUAUCUUGAAGCAGAAAUAAAAACAGAAAAGCUUCAGAAGCAUGAAAUAAUGCAAAUGCUAAAUUAGAAUGUGAAAAUAUUUAUUACCUUAAAUUACAUGUA